CCGAAAGGGGGCCGGGCCGGUACCUCCCGCGGGGCGGGGCCGUCGGUUCCGCGUCGACACCGCCUUCCUGCCCCGCCCCUCGCCGUGCCCGGCCCCUCCUUCCCGGAGCCGCCGCUGAAGCUGCAGCGGGCGGCGGCAGCGGGCUUGGCCGCGAAGGGGGGCGGCGAGUGGCCCGCGCGACGCGGCACCGGCCCCGACCCUAUGCGGUGACCCGUGCGGCGCAGGCGCCUCCUGCCCCGCCGGCGGGGCCCGGGCUUCCCGCGGCGGGAUGUUCUCCCGAAGGAGCCACGGGGAUGUGAAGAAGUCCACUCAGAAGGUGCUGGACCCCAAGAAGGACGUGCUGACCCGCCUGAAGCACCUGCGGGCGCUGCUCGAUAAUGUGGAUGCAGGUGAUCUUAAGCAGUUUUUUGAGACCAACUAUUCUCAGAUAUAUUUCAUCUUCUAUGAAAAUUUUAUAACACUGGAAAAUAGUUUGAAAUUAAAAGGGAAUAAUAAAUCCCAAAGGGAGGAGCUGGACUCCAUCCUCUUUCUUUUUGAAAAAAUACUACAGUUUCUACCUGAACGAAUCUUUUUCCGAUGGCAUUACCAGAGUAUAGGCUCAACUUUAAAGAAGCUUCUACACACUGGAAAUUCUAUUAAGAUAAGAUGUGAAGGAAUCAGGCUGUUUCUUUUGUGGCUGCAAGCCCUUCAGACAAACUGUGCAGAAGAGCAGGUGCUGCUGUUUGCUUGCCUCGUGCCUGGUUUCCCAGCGGUCCCGUCUUCCAGGGGACCCUGCACACUAGAGACGCUCAUCAGUCCUGGCCCUAGCGCAGCUGAUGCAAAGAUAUAUCCAGAAGAAAUCACUCCACUCCUGCCAGCCGUAUCAGGGGAGAAGAUCGCUGAGGACCAAACCUGUUUUUUCCUGCAAAUACUGUUGAAGUACAUGGUUAUUCAGGCUGCAAGCUUGGAGUGGAAGAAUAAAGAGAAUCAAGAUACUGGUUUUAAAUUUCUUUUUACAUUGUUUCGAAAGUAUUAUCUUCCUCAUUUGUUUCCAUCAUUUACUAAGCUAACAAACAUCUACAAACCUGUACUUGACAUCCCCCAUUUGAGAUCCAAGCCAGCGUACAUUACUACAACUAGAGACAAUGAAAACAUUUACAGUACAAAAAUCCCCUACAUGGCAGCUCGUGUUGUUUUUAUUAAGUGGAUUGUAACUUUCUUUUUGGAGAAAAAGUAUCUAACUACAACACAAAACACUAAAAAUGGAGUUGAUGUGUUGCCUAAAAUCAUCCAGACCGUCGGUGGUGGUGCUGUGCAGGACAGGGCAGCAGAGGCAGACGGUGGCGGACCCCCAGAGCAGGACAGAAACCACUCGAACAGCAGCACCUUGUCUGACCGAAGACUCAGCAACUGCAGCCUUUGUAGCGUCGAGGAGGAGCACCGCCUGGUGUAUGAGAUGGUGCAGCGGAUUCUCUUGUCAACGCGAGGCUAUGUCAACUUUGUGAAUGAAGUAUUUCGUCAGGCAUUUCUGCUGCCUUCCUGUGAGAUAGCUGUAACAAGGAAAGUAGUUCAAGUGUACAGAAAGUGGAUCCUCCAGGACAAACCUGUGUUCAUGGAGGAACCGGAUACAAAAGAUGCUGCCCAAGAAGAUACUGAAAAAUUGGGCUUUUCAGAAACUGAUAGUAAGGAGGCCCCGACGGAAGGUUCGGGUCAUAAGCGCUCUUCCAGCUGGGGGCGCAGCUACUCCUUCACGAGCGCCAUGAGCAGAGGGUGCGUGACAGAGGAGGACAACACAAACGUGCGAGCCGGGGCCCAGGCUCUGCUGCAGGUGUUUUUGACAAAUGCUGCAAACGUCUUUUUGUUGGAACCAUGUGCUGAAGUUCCCAUGCUCUUGAAAGAACAAGUUGAUGCUUGUAAAGCCGUUUUAAUUAUUUUUAGGCGCAUGAUAAUGGAGCUUACAAUGAAUAAAAAGACAUGGGAGCAGAUGUUGCAAAUACUACUCAGGAUAACAGAAGCUGUCAUGCAGAAGCCAAAGGAAAAACAAAUAAAGGACUUGUUUGCCCAGAGCUUGGCAGGGUUACUAUUUAGGACGCUCAUCGUGGCUUGGAUCCGAGCAAAUCUCUACGUGUUCAUCUCUCGGGAGCUCUGGGACGACUUCCUCAGGGUGCUGUCCUCCCUCACAGAAUGGGAAGAGCUCAUUCACGAGUGGGCCAACAUCAUGGACUCCUUGACAGCUGUGCUCGCAAGAACCGUUUAUGGAGUGGAGAUGACAAACCUACCUCUGGAUAAAUUAAGUGAACAAAAGGAAAAGAAGCAACGAGGCAAAGGCUGUGUUCCAGACCCCCAGAAAGGAACCAGCGUGGGCAGAUCGUUUUCUCUGAGCUGGAGGAGCCACCCGGAUGUGGCUGAGCCGAUGCGAUUUCGGAGCGCCACCACGUCUGGAGCCCCGGGGGCUGAGAAGGCCAGAAAUAAUGUCCGCCAGAAAGCAACCGCUAAGCGAAGCCAGUCUGUCAGCAGCUGUGUGCGCCUUUCUGAGGCUCUGCCCGGCACUCAGAGCGUGCCGCUCCUCCUCCACACCGUGGGCGCGCUCUUACCUGGUCUCUCUUACUCCUCUUGCUCUCACAGGCUGUCAGAGGUGGAAGAGUGUCAGCAGUCAGAAACUGCUGGGUCUGGUCAGCUCGCAGUGGGACAGACGCAGGUCCUUCGAAGCAGCAGCACGUCUGACAUCGCCGAGCCGCUGAGCUCAGGUUCUUCUCAGGGACAAAAGGUAGAGAAGGCGCAGAACGUGUGCUCCGAGGCCAAGCCUGCAGAAGACAUGCGAGGACACGUGAAGAAAGAACAUGAAGCGAUAACAAUCUUGGUUCGAAGAAGCAGCAGCCCUGCUGAAUUAGAUUUGAAAGAUGAUUUGCAGCAAACUCAAGGAAAAUGUAAAGAAAGACAGAAAAGUGAAAGUACCAGCAGUGAUAUAGCUCUGGGCUAUCACAAUGAGGGAGAACCUUCUGGGAGCCUGUGGCAGCCCUGUGAGGAAGACCCAGAACUGAACACUCCCACAGAUGUGGCUGACUCUGACGCCCGCCAUUGGUUACAGCUGAGUCCCACCGAUGCUUCAAACUUAACAGGCAGAGUGGAGUGGACAGUGAGAGAGAGAGAGAGACAGAGAGAAAGGUCUUCCUUUUCCGUUGGUUCACCCCUCAAUGGCACCACGCUGAUCCGAAGCCAGGAGCCAGAUAGCAGUGAAUACCUGGCGGAUGACUGUAGUAUAAUUGCCGGAGGGAAUCUCACUGGGUGGCACCCAGACUCUGCAGCCGUGUUAUGGCGAAGAAUCUUGGGAGUCCUUGGAGAUGUGAAUAACAUCCAGUCACCCAAAAUCCAUGCCAAAGUUUUUGGCUAUCUCUAUGAACUCUGGUAUAAGCUAGCAAAGAUUCGGGAUAACCUAGCAAUAAGCCUGGACAACCAGUCUUCUCCAUCCCCUCCGGUCUUGAUCCCGCCACUCAGAAUGUUUGCAUCAUGGCUAUUUAAGGCAACGACGCUGCCAAAUGAAUAUAAGGAAGGCAAACUGCAAGCCUACAGGCUCAUCUGUGCCAUGAUGACCAGACGCCAGGACGUGCUGCCAAACUCGGAUUUCCUGGUGCAUUUUUACCUUGUGAUGCACCUGGGAUUAACCAGCGAGGAUCAGGACAUCUUAAAUACCAUCAUAAGGCACUGCCCACCCCGCUUUUUCUCCCUGGGCUUGCCUGGCUUCUCCAUGCUGGUGGGGGACUUCAUCACGGCGGCCGCCAGGGUCCUGAGUGCAGACACGCUGGCGGCGCCUCGAUUGGAAGCCCUCACCAUCCUCGGUUCCCUCGUCUGCUUUCCAAAUACGUACCAGGAGCUUCCUUUGCUGCAGUCACUGCCAGAAGUGAGUGAGGUCAUGACAGGAAGCGAAGAUGUCAAGCAUUACCUCAUAAAUAUUUUACUGAAGAAUGCCACAGAGGAACCAAAUGAAUGUGCAAGGUGUGUUGCCAUCUGCUCGCUGGGCGUGUGGAUAUGUGAAGAGCUUGCACAGUGUACAAGCCAUCCUCAGGUGAAAGACGCCAUCAACGUGAUAGGUGUGACUUUGAAGUUUCCUAACAAAAUUGUGGCUCAGGUAGCUUGCGACGUUCUUCAGUUGCUGGUUUCCUACUGGGAAAAACUCCAGGUGUUUGAAACCUCUCUGCCUCGGAAAAUGGCAGAAAUCCUUGUGGCCACGAUUGCUUUUCUCUUACCCAGCGCAGAAUACUCCUCAGUGGAAACAGACAAGAAGUUUAUCGUGUCCUUGCUCCUCUGCCUCCUGGACUGGUGCAUGACCUUGCCGGUGAGUGCCCUCCUCCACCCGGUGUCCACGGCGGCCCUGGAGGAGCAGCAGACGCCUCGAGCCCCGCUGCUGGAUUAUAUCUACAGGGUUCUGCACUGCUGUGUCUGUGGCUCAAGCACAUACACCCAGCAGAGUCACUAUACACUGACGCUGGCCGACCUGUCCUCCACUGACUAUGACCCCUUCCUGCCGCUGGCCGGCGUGAAGAGUUCGGAGCCCGUCCUGUACCAUUCAUCAGUAGAGCUGGGGAGCCUGCUGACCGUGGAGGAGGAGAAGAAGAGGAGGAGCGUGGAGCUGAUCCCCCUGACUGCCCGGAUGGUGAUGGCGCACCUGGUGAAUCACCUGGGGCACUACCCACUCCACGGAGGCCCCGCCAUGCUCCACAGCCUUGUCAGCGAGAACCACGACAAUGCGCACGCCGACGGCUCUGAGCUGUCCUCCGAGGUGUUCCGCAGCCCAAACCUGCAGCUGUUCGUAUUCAACGACAGCACCCUCAUCUCCUACCUUCAGACGCCCACAGAAGGACCGGCUGGCCGGUCACCAGGGGGCGCCCUCUCGGACGUGAGAGUCAUUGUGAGGGAUAUCUCAGGGAAGUACUCUUGGGAUGGCAAGGUUUUGUACGGGCCUUUAGGAGGCUGCUUAGCGCCCAGUGGGAAGAACCCUUCGUUUCUGAUUUCCAGCUGGGAUCAUGCCCCCUGUGGACCUCAGACAGAUUUUCCUCAAAUUGAGGAGGGAGAGGACAUCCUCGACCAACUACUUGAAAACAUUGGCCAAACAAGCCCCGAAUGCCUUUUGCCAUCACAGCUAAAUCUGAACGAGCCUUCCCCGCCGCCGUGUGGGAUGAACCGUGAGCAAGAGCGGGAAAUCACGGAGGUCAUCCUGCGCCAGGACGCCCAGGAGGAGGAGUUCGUCCAGAGGUGCGGCUCUGAGGCUGCCAUGAAGGUCACAGGCCAGGGGCAGCCGUCCCCGGUGGAGCCCCGAGGACCCUUCUAUUUCUGCAGGCUGCUGCUCGACGACCUGGGCAUGAACUCCUGGGACAGGAGGAAGAAUUUUCAUCUGUUGAAGAAAAAUUCAAAAUUGUUGCGAGAGCUCAAGAAUCUGGACUCCCGGCAGUGCCGUGAGACUCACAAAAUUGCAGUGUUCUACAUUGCCGAGGGUCAGGAAGACAAGUGCUCCAUCCUCUCCAACGAAAGAGGAAGCCAGGCGUAUGAAGACUUCGUUGCUGGACUUGGAUGGGAGGUGGACCUUUCCACGCACUGUGGCUUCAUGGGUGGCCUGCAGCGCAACGGCAGCACCGGGCAGACCGCCCCUUACUACGCUACCUCAACCGUGGAAGUGAUUUUCCACGUGUCCACCCGGAUGCCCUCGGACUCGGAUGAUUCUCUCACCAAAAAGCUCCGUCACUUGGGGAAUGAUGAGGUCCACAUCGUCUGGUCUGAGCACUCCAGGGACUACCGCAGGGGCAUUAUACCGACCGCCUUUGGAGAUGUUUCCAUCAUCAUUUACCCAAUGAAGAAUCACAUGUUCUUUAUCUCGAUAACGAAGAAGCCUGAGGUUCCAUUCUUUGGACCUCUGUUUGACGGCGCCAUAGUGAGCGGGAAGCUGCUGCCCAGCCUCAUCUGCGCCACGUGCAUCAACGCCAGCCGAGCUGUGAAGUGCCUCAUCCCGCUUUACCAGAGCUUGUAUCUUUUUGCUUUAAAUAAGUAACACAUUAGCCACACCAGAACUGAGACUCCUGGCAGUCUGCUGUGAGAGGUGCAUUAGCAGGGAGCUGGAUCAGAAGUGGAGCAGCUGAGACUAGAACCAGUCCUCAAACGGGAUACCAGCACCACAGGCCAGAGUUUAACUCCCAGUGCUACCAUGCUGGCCCCCUCUUACUGUAUUUUUUAUUUGCUAUUUAGUGUUAUUCUGAGUAAGGAAAUAUUUAAAAUUUUAGCAUUAAUUCUACCAUUCUUUAUAUUGUAUAAUACCAAUUUAAUAUGUACAUGUAAACAUUUAACUCAUAUAUGUGACCGCUGAAAUUACACAAUUCCUAUUUCUUAGCGUAUAUGGGAGUGUGUGUAUGUGCAUGUGUGUAUCAAUUGUUGCCAUCAAUUUAUUGCUGAGUAAAGGAGGAUUUAUAGGAAAAGAGACUCUGGGUCACCCUGCUUUUACAUUGCUUCUGUGUCAUCAUUUUCAAAGUUGUUGACUACUGUAGAACAACUCAGAAAGGACGUGGCAGGGCGCCUUGUUCGUGCUUCUUAGGGCACUGCUGCUUGCUUUUUGCCUUGAAAGCCAGUUUGGAUUCAGAGGAACAUGGGAUGCUCAGGCUAGUCGGUGCCCGCAGAUGCUCUGUCUUGGAGGUAGCACGCUUCCCAUGUGCAGCUGCUCGGGCCGCACGCCCAUGCUGACCCUCCCAGAGUCCACUGGGGAACUCUGUUCAUGGGUGUUUAGUAGAACGGAGUCCCUACCUGUAGCCUGGCACGUAGUUCUCAGCAAAAUUGCCCUGGGUUUUCAAACCAAGACUCAUUAAAGAAAAAAAUCUGAAAAAGAAUUCCUAUUACCUGUUCCUUUGGAAAAUACUAGAUUCAGUGCUGACAAGAAAGGGAACUUCCUUUGUCAAUGUGGGCCACCUUAUAUGGGCAACCCCAGGUCCCCAUUUUGGUCCUGGUGCUUAGAUUACCAUUUUUAAGAACAUUGCCAGCCGGCGCCGCGGCUCACUAGGCUAAUCCUCCGCCUUGCGGCACUGGCACACCAGGUUCUAGUCCCAGUCAGGGCGCCGGAUUCUGUCCCAGUUGCCCCUCUUCCAGGCCAGCUCUCUGCUGUGGCCAGGGAGUGCAGUGGAGGGUGGUCCAAGUACUUGGGCCCUGCACCCCAUGGGAGACCAGGAUAAGUACCUGGCUCCUGCCAUCGGAUCAGCGUGGUGCGCCGGCCGCAGCGCGCCGGCCACAGCGCGCCGGCCGCGGCGGCCAUUGGAGGGUGAACCAACAGCAAAAGGAAGACCUUCCUCUCUGUCUCUCUCUCUCUCACUGUCCACUCUGCCUGUUAAAAAAAAAAAAAAAAGAAAAAAGAACAUUGCCAAGCUGCUAUUUUUCUUUUCCAAAUACCACUUAUUUUCUGGGUAUCAGGAUGACGUUGCUGUGGACAAAAGACUUGUUACUGUCCUAUAAAUCCUUUAGAGAGGAAGCUCUUGCUUUUCUGACUCAGUCGUACGCACACCUAGCCAAACACUGAGCCUGGUGAGGAAUGACGAGCCAGUGGAAUUCCACUGGGGUAGUUGUCUCCCUGGCUCUUCCCCAGCUAAUGACUGAUAUUUAACAGUAGUGUCAGUUGGAAUUCAGUUUCAUGUAAUCAGCAUGGGGCUUUGUGUCUCUGAUGUCAUUUCUGUGCCCUGGCUUUGCCCAACUCCUCCUCCAUGGAACAGUUUCAUCAGUAACUUUCAAAAACACCUGGAACACAUUUAUCAAAGGUGUAGAACAUGUUAGAAAAUCGAGAGGGUUAAGUAGUUUGAAACACAGGGAGAUGCGUACUGAUUUUGUUCAGUACUGUUCAAGAAAACACACCGUUUCUCAUGAAGGUGAGGACUGGAGCCACUGCUGGAGCAAUUUUGCCUUUCAGGGGUCUUUCUGAGCAGUAAAUCCAACUUAUAAUCAGUAUCUAAGGAGUUGCUGUCUGGGGUAGCCUUGGCUAGCCAAUGAGAUGGUUAGAACUACAUGGCAAAGGCACAUACAGCAAUGAAAACUAUUAUUAUCUUACAUGAUCCAAAAAAAAGUGACCCCAGUAUAUUCAUGUUUGGAAAGCACCCUCAGUAACAUUUUAGCUUAGCCCCAUUGUUCCCCCAGAUUUCCUAUAACUUCCUCAGCGGGCUAAAUCAAAUCUGUUGUGUGUAGCCUUCAUCCUGUGGCCACUGCUCUUGUGAGUGAUGGGGGCCCAGUUCACCUGCCAUCUGCUUUUUCCGUCCCUCCUGGGCAAGCAGAGGGCCUAUUCCUGUGCCUAGGAUGUUGUCAACGGGAAGCUUGCCACAUGUCCUGUUUGCAGUUCCCAAGCCAACUAAGGAUUCCAAAAUCAAACCAUGGUCAGCCGAUAGACAUUUCCAAAACCGCAUAAGCCAGGGCUUUGAGUCUCCUCGCCAGAUAACUUGUUUCAGGAGAAAAGGUUGCCACACAAUAUGCAGUGUGCCCAUUAGGAGGAGUUCACCCUGAAUCAAACAGAUGGUGGCCUUUUAAAGUAAACGUUCACUUCAAUAGAACAAUAGUCUCAAUGGCAUUCAACAUCGCGACUCUGUGGAACUAUCAGCAUUUGAUGGAGAGGACUGGACUGCCUAAGAAGAAGCGAUUUUGCACCUAUUCUUUCACAAGUGAGAUAUAGUUUCAUUUUCAAUUAGCAGAUCAUUCGAUAAUAUCAGAGCCUCUCUGUUGGACCCACACAUUUGUAACAUCGGUGUUAAAUUCUCCCAAUUUCCACAUCUUCACAAAUGGCCCUUCUCCCUAAAGCUGCAACAACCCUGUUUCUUCUCCAGUGGGAUCUUUGGUUCUUUUUCCUGCAGACCUUGAUUCCUUCCAUUCAUUUCCAUACGCUUCAGAAAAAAAAAAAUAAAGUCAGAUGGUACCAUGUGUUGUAUUUUGCCAUACAAAACCACUUAUGCUUUUGUCAACAUUUACAUUGUCCCUACCAUACUGUGCCACACUCUGCUAGACACUGUCCUAGCCACUUGUAAUAGAAAUAUGAAUAAGAUAUUCCAUGUGAAGGGACAAUAUUUGUUCACGAGCCAGGCUCUGAAAGAGCACAUUACACUUGAUAAUAGCAGAAGCUACCAUAUGGCACAGUAUAGGACAGACACACACACACACACACACACACACACACAGGAUGGAAGUGAUAAAAGCAUUUAAGGCGCAUGGAAGGAGUUGUGAGACAGUGGGAGCCUAAUCUGAGGUGGUGGCAGGUGGAUGAUUGGAUGCAUAUGGAAAGGAGAUGGACUGAUUUCAGCGUGGGACCUGCUGGGUUUGCUGGGGUGUAGGGGGUGAUAAGAGAAUCCCAAUCAGAACCCUCUGUAGCAUCAGCAUUUGAAGAGCAGGCUUGGGAGGAGGAGGCAGAAAUGGAAGCAAAGGAAAAGGAGAGAAUGAUUUCUCAGAAAAGCAGGGAGGAGAGAAGUGACGGGUCAUACUCAGCAGACCAGGCAAGCGAGACGUCUCUUCUUGGACGGCCUCAUCUGUGACCGGUGCCGGCAGCCUCAAGUUUUCAACUGAUGAAUUGGGUACAAGAGGAGCAAGAAUUGAUAGUGCAAGGGAAGAGGUGAAAAAAAGAGCAGACAAUGACAGCACCAAAAAGAAAAAAUACUGAAUGGGAUCAGAGUGCCUGUGAGCCCCAGAUGAACAGGAGAGGGCCUGGAUCUGAGAUCAGGGGCCAGAAUGGAGUCCGACCCCUGAGGGGAGAGGAGGGCAGUGCUUUCCCCACCCAGAUUUCCCAGUGGGCCCAAAGCAAAUGACAGCUGCCAUGGGGAUUUCUCCUUGACAUCAAUGCACUCACUCCAAGGUAGAUUCCGCUAAGGGAGACAAACAUCUGAUAAACUCUUGGAUGGCAAACAAUUUCACCUUGCAGAAGACUGAGGAGAGAAACUACUAUUUUGGAUCCAUUUCUUAGCUACCAAAAAGCAUAAAUUUGUAACUUUGAAUGUUACAGAAAAUAAUGAGUUUGUACUAGACUGUAAAAAUGGGAGGAAAAAACACAAAUAGGCCUGUACUUUGGACAUUUGGGAAGCAUAUUACAAAAAGUAGAGUUGAGAGGAAGAAAUGAUAUAUUCCCCUGGGGAGGUUGAGUGAGUUUUUUUUAAUUAUAAAGUUAAAAUUACUUAUGUGAGAAAGAAAAGUGGGAGGCAUGGAAGAGCAGCCAGUGCAGGUAUACCAGGUGGUAGUCUCUGUUACAUCAAGAUGAACAAGAGAACUCCUCACUCUGCCCUAAUCAGGUCGACCCUGUUAACCAGGAUCUCAGUGGCUGUCCUCCUGGGUCACCUGUUCUUGGAGAAGGGACAGAGAGGUGUCUCAGUGGGUGAGUUAAAAGUCACAUCCUUGUGAAUACAAUAAGAACAGAAAAAUGAACUGACCUCUGCGAGUAAGGUCCAGUCUUCAGGGCCACCAGUUUGUUCCAGAACAAAUUUGCAGCACUGAUCUCCAAACCAUACGAACCAUUUUUUUUUAGAAAUCGUGUAAAAUGAAGUCUAUACCCAAAACCGCAAACAAAAAAAAUUUCCUCAUUUUCAAACAGAUUAAAUGGUGAUUUUUACAAUGUUGCCUAGAUGUCUUAUACAAUUGUUAUAGUAGAUAAUUAAAUAGCUUGUGAACCUUCUAGAAAGAAUGUUCACAGGACUGAAGUGAGCCUACUGUGCUGGGUGAGAUUGCUAUUUUCAGAGAGUAGAAAGCUUACAAACCUGAAUUUUGCUAUAAUCUAUGAUGAAGCCUCAUGGUCAUCUGACAAAGAGAGGGCUCAGAGCCCCUGAGAGCCACAUGACUUGAUGAUGGCCAAAACCUGACAUGCAUUAAUGAAUUCCUGGGCCACUACUGGCCUGGGGCUUUGUGUCUCUGGUGUCAUUUCUGUGCCCUGGCUUUGCCCAACUCCUCCUCCAUUGAACAGUUUCAUCAGUAACUUUCAAAAACACCUGGAACACAUUUAUCAAAGGUGUAGAACAUGUUAGAAAAUCGAGAGGGUUAAGUAGUUUGACACACAUUAGGCCAUGUCAGAAGUUAGGAUUAUCUCAACAGAGGAGACUUCCAGAAAGGAAUGUCAGGUGCUUGGAUUCGCAGGGGUGUAUGCAGGGGAUGAGGGCGACGCAGCUUCAUGGCAGUUGUUAUGAGCUGCGUCGGAGGAUCAGGGUUGCCCAAACAUGGGAGAUGAGACACCAUGAAGUCUGUUCACAGGAGCUGGGGCAUCAUUCCUGUGCUCCCACAGCCGCGGGGAGCACCUCAGCAGCGCCUUGCUGCCGAUCUGCAGCCAGUCCACGGAAGUUGUGCUCAGGUGUCCGAGAGCCAUGGAAACCAAGCAGGGGGUGUUGCAGGAUCCUGGGAGGUUUCUAAAGAGGGGCCCAGUCUGCAGAAGUGGGACCCGUCAACGGACAGAGGCAGCCAGCACACAGCUUCAGUUCAAGGUCAAGGCAGAGGUUCACUAACCGGAGCCGACAGACCAGCUGCCUGCAGCCCAGAUCCGUCCCCCAGGUGGGCUUUGUUUGAGCUGCACUUGGCCUCCUCGCAUUACCCAAAAACAAAAACUAAAAAACUGAGUUUGUCAGCCACAUUGACAAAUGGGCAGAUUUUACAUGUAAAACAAAAAUCUAGAUUUUCUUUAUUUCUUUUUUUUCUUUUUAGAAGACAGAGAGAGUUCCCAUCCACUGAUUCACUCCCCCAAAUGCCUGCAUUGGCCAGGGCUGGCCCAAGCUGAAGCCAUAAGCCACAGACCCACCUAACUUGAGCCAUCACCUGCUACCUCCCAGGAUUUGCAAUACCAGGAAGCUGAAUGAAGAGCAGAACCAGGACUCAAGCCCAGGCACAUCCACAUGAGAUGCUGGUGUUGACACCAUUAGGCCAAAUGCCCAUCCCCUACAAAUCUAGAUUUUUUUUUUAACAACUCUUGAAGAAUCAGAACACCUGGCCCACUGGGCUUCCCUUUUUGCUAGCAGUAAUCAGCCUCUUACCAGGCAAGUGCCCUCGCAAAGACCACAGACUGGUGUCUGCCAGUGCUGAGGCCUGGUGCCAGCACCACCACCCUGGCAUCCCACCAGCUGAUAUCUGAGAGAGAGAGGGCUGAGUAGCUCCCAGGCAGGUAAAACAGUGCCUGGCCCUGGGUGAGAGCCCAGUGCUACCUACAGUUGCUAUCCUCACAUUAUCAGCCAGGCUCCCUAAAUUUUGGCUUUAUUUUUAAGAUUUACUUAUUUAUUUCAAAGGCAGAGUUACAGACAGAGACAGAGAAGAGGUCUUCCAUCUGCUGGUUCACUCCCCAAAUGGCCUCAACAGCUGGAGCUGAGUCGAUCAGGAGCCAGGAGCUUCUUCCAGGUCUCUCACACAGGUGCAGGGGCCCAAGCACUCCGGCCAUGCUCCACUGCUUUCCCAGGCCAUAGCAGAGAGCUGGAUCAGAAGUGGAGCAGCUAGGACUCAAACCAGCACCCAUACGAUUGGCAGCUUUACCUGCUAUGCCCUAGCACUGGCCCCAAUAUUGGCAUUUCAACCCUCUGUUAUGAAACUGGAGCCAUGCAACUGUGAGGUUGUCUCAGGGACUGUUUUCUGUUGCUCUCAUAGGUGUUAAAAUAAAGGCUGGGAGACUGCUCUUCCUUCAGUGACUCGUGGAAGGGCCUCGGUGCCUGAGGUUGGCUCCCCACAGCCAGAGCUGCCCCCCUGCCCUUAGUGUACAGAAAUGAAGUAGGGCAUAGGCUGGAAUCUUCUGGGUGGGCAAGUAGCACCUGUUUUGCCACUUCUGCUAUACAGGGACUUAACCCUGUUGGACAAAAAGACCAUCCCCACAAGAAAAGUUAGUAUAAAUCUGACACUCUGUGGAGAAACCAGGCUGGUGCUGAGCCCAGGGAAGUACCCAGAACAAUCCGGCCUUCCUCUCUUGCCACUCGCUCUGCUUGGUCCUCAGUGGGUCACCUGUCUCACUGCCAGUCCUCCUCUGUGUGCUGACCCCCACCACACGUGAGUCUCCCCUGUGGCACGGAGCCCUUUCCCGCCCCUGCCAGCGACUCUCCCCUGCCAGGCUAGGGUUUGGAUGCGGUGCUCCCGCAGCAGCCUAACUCCCGAUUGUACCAUGGCGGUUGCAGUAGAAUCUGGAUUCCAUUCUACUGAUGGCCCUCUCUUGCUUUAGGAGUCUUUUGCGGGUAAAGGCAGAGAGGGACGGAGGGAGGGAAAUGAGAGGGGCCAGUUUGCUGAAAAACAUUUUGGAAAACAAUUAGAAGAGAAGGGGUGGUUGCUUAACGCAGCAAUUAAGAUGCCUUCAUCCCAUAUCUGGGUACCUGGGUUCAAUACCUGGCUCCUGGCUCCAGCUUCCUGCCAUUGCAGGUCCUGGGAAGCAGAAAGUGAAGCCUCCAGUCAUUGAGUUCCUGCUGCCCACAUCGGGUGGGGGUGGGGGGGAUCUGGAUUGAAUUCCCUUGUUCCUAAAUUUGGCCUAGCCCAGCCCCGGCUGAUGCAGGCAUUUGGGGAGUAAACUACUGGAUGAGAGCUUACUCUCUCUCUCUCUCUCUCUCUCUCUCUGUCUCAGUCCCUCAAGUAAAUAAAUUAAAAUUUUGCAAAAGAAGAAUUACAGGACAAAAGCCAAGUAUUUUAUAAAAUUACAAAUGUUUUUGAAAUUUAAAACCUAAACUGUCCAAGGUGAAAUAGAGCUCUCUUCAGAGAAUAUCUAUGCAUCUUUGUGUGUAUGUUUAUGUUUAAGUCCAUUUCUGAAUGUUCACAGCCGUAACUUAAAGCUGCACCUGAUACAUAGGAGGUACUCAGUAAAUAGCUCUCAAGUGAACUGUUGGUAAGCAUACAAGGUAUUUCCAAAAAAUUGAGGAAAAUGUGAUUGAAAAAUAAGUUUAUUUUUUGGCUGGCACCGCGGCUCACUAGGCUAAUCCUCCGCCUAGCGGUGCUGGCACCGGGUUCUAGUCUCGGUUGGGGCGCCGGAUUCUGUCCCGGAUGCCCCUCUUCCAGGCCAGCUCUCUGCUGUGGCCAGGGAGUGCAGUGGAGGAUGGCCCAAGUGCUUGGGCCCUGCACCCCAUGGGAGACCAGGAGAAGUACCUGGCUCCUGCCAUCAGAUCAGCGCGGUGCGCCGGCUGCAGCGUACCAGCCGUGGUGGCCAUUGGAGGGUGAACCAAUGGCAAAAAAAGGAAGACCUUUCUCUCUCUCUCUCUCUCUCUCUCUCUCUCACUGUCCACUCUGCCUGUCAAAAAAUAAAAAUAAAAAAAUAAAAAAUGAAAAAUAAGUUUAUUUUAAUGCAAAAAAUUUUGAAGCCCAUGCAUAAUUUUUUCACAAUACAUAUUUCCUGUGAACUUUUUGAAGACCACCCCCCACCCUGCUGUCUGCAUGAAUUAUUUUUUUGCACCAAGAUAAACUUAUUUUGGGGCCUGAAUUUCCACAAACUUUUCGAAGUUCCUGUGGACAUAGAUAGUAUUAUUCAAGAGUUAGAAAAAAAAAAGUUGAAAUUUUUACUGGAAAAAUAGAUUUUAUGUGAAUUUCCAUAACAACCCAGAAAGUUAUUGAAGGACACAAUUAGAAUGGUGACUUUUAUGUUUGGUUUUGAAAUUAAGACUCUUACGGGAGCCUGUUUAGUUUUCCGACCUCCUAACAAUGCUACAUUUAUUUUUUUAGUUUUUGAGAGAGAGAGAGAGAUCUGAAUGGAACACUGCUAAAGUCCAGAAACUGGCAGGUUGAAAGGGGAAGGAAACGUUAUUGUCACUGUCAAGGCCACGGCCUCCUGCAGCGUCAGGUACGGAGUAGGUAGCAGCACUGAAUCCCAGGGAUUCCGCUGUAGGCUUGGGGUUGUUUUUGUUUUGACUCUUAAUUGUAUGUAAAUUUUAUAGGAAAUAAAAUGCUUGCAAGGCCUGAAGAAAGCCCGCGCUGGCUCGCUCGCUGGCUCUCUCUCUCCCUCCCCCUCUCCCUCUCUCUCUUUCUCUCUCUCCCUCUCUCUUUUUCUCCCUCUCCCUCUCUUUUCCUCUCCCCUUCUCUCUCUGUCUCAGACCUGGAGGAGAGCAGGGCUGGGCCUGAGCUGGGCAUGCAAAUACUGGCAGCUGACGUCACUUGUUGGAAAGUCCGCAAACUCUGGUUACAGCUGCAUUUGUCACUUGCUUUAAGGGAAGUGUAAUCAGCCAGAGAGCUUAAUUUGCAUCUCAAUUAGAAAGGAGCAGCGAGGAAGCGCUGGGGUCUGCAGCGGGAAGGUUGGGGAAGAAAUCUCACCCAGCACAAAAGCCUCCCGGCGCUCGUCCUCCAGCUGAGUGGAGGACCAUCUCUGAGGUCUCGUUUCCAUAGGGACCGGGAGCCUGCUGGGCCCCACAAGAAUCUCGGGUUGGCACCGUAAUCAUUUGGUCAUGAUGACACAAAUUCCACUGUUGCUCCCAAAUACAUUUUGCUAUUAGAAAGCUGUUAGAAAAGUGGUAGUGGCCGUCGCCGAGUCAAAAGCAGGCAAGAGGGUAUUUGCCAGCCCUGCUUCCUUUUCUCCUAAUACGGCCAGGAUCUCCAAGCAUGUAACAUUUAUUACUGGUGACUGUUCAGAGCGCGAAAGGUCGUUCCAUACAUGACAAUACUGCUUUAGCAUCCAGAGGGUCACCCUGGAAGUGAUAUAGCUUAAGGGGGAGCCACGCUUCCCGAGUCUUCCACACUCCUGCCGUGGACAGACAAGAUGAUGAAUUUUAAAAUGCGGGUGGGGAAGAAACAUGGACCACGCAGUGUGGAGAAAAGUCUGUCGGCUACAGACGUUUUCCCAGUCCUGACGGCAGUCAUAGAGGGAUCCCUCACUUUAAAAUGCACAAAGCAGGAUAAAUUUUCAGGGUUAUCCUCGCAUGUUAUCUGGUGGUCAUUUUCACAGACUUUGAUAUUUAUCCGCGAUGGCCGUAGGUUCGCUUUCAGAGUUCUUGUGCCAGGAUGCAGCCAGCAAGCACGGCCUCCCCCACAUUUAAAGAGAACCUGUCAUUGCUGGUGUGCAUUGUUGUUUCUCUUAAACAGUUAAUUCACUGAAGCUCCAGCUUCAAAGUGAGAAGACGAACAACCAAAAAAAGUGAAGAAGAAAAAGAAAAAAUUUUUAAAAAAAACCUACAAACUGCUGAAUACAAACUGCAUUCUCUUUAAAAAAAAAAAAAAAUCAGAGUUUCUUCCCAUUUAGGAAAGGGGAAGGAAGAAGUUUCCCAAAGAGGGACUCCUCCAGUAGCCACAGACUGAGCUAGCGCACUGCUGGGAGACAUCAGAACCUCUUAAUCCAACAUUAAUCAAAUUUCAGUCCACUAAUGACCAGCCCCAUUCUGAAAGGAGCAGAGUGCCUUAAACAGCAUCCUCAGAACAUUUAGUGGACUCCGGGAUUAUAAGCAAUAUUUUGAGAAUGAGACUUUCUGUUAUUCAAAUCUCUAAAAAAAAAAAAAAAAGGGAUAAUGCAGGCUUUAUUAUCAUAAGAGACUGUGCAAAGCCAGAGAAGGACAAAGCAGGCCAGUCCAACUGGUGAUCCCUUCUGUGCCGCCUGCCUUAGUGUACGCAGCGAGUCCCAGCAGGCUUCCGGCCGGGGUGAUCUGCAGCAGGCUAGGAAGAUUUUUAAUCAAAGCUUCCUUGGUAAUCUGUGGGUGAAUACAACCCGAAUGCCAUCAUGUCAGCCCUGAAAGAAUGUCCUCUCUAGUCUAGGACCACACUCUUAAAAACGGGUGCUUGCUUCACAUGGCUCUGUGAUGCCUUGUGCUUUCCAAGGGUUAGGUGGAGGCCCUGGGGACAGGGGUGGGGAAGGGAAGGGCCUGUGAUCAGGGGCCCAGUGUGCCAGCCAUCUGCAGCCCGGAUGCACGUUCCCUUCUUUGGCCGUUCCUCAUUAUUCCUUACAAACCGACAUCUGAUAGUCUUGGGCCUGAAUGACCUUCUAAAUGGAGACAAUACAGUGUUCGGUGGCUUGGGAUUUUCGCCUUCUUCAACGUAAUACACCAUCACAGCCUUCCAUCUUCCUAUUUGGCCCUAGGAUAGGAGAGGACAGAAUACGUGUGUCCCGCGGCCGGGUCCUCUCAUUUAGACUCUCCAGGACAAAGCUUUCGUUCUUAAUCCACCAAGGAUCAAUGAAGGGGCUGCCUCCUAAAAACUCAGGGCCCGCUUGUCAGGGAGCACGCCAGCCCUUCAGAUGCCAGCUCCCCGUGGCCGGCCCUUCAUUUGCCUAUGAAGUGGGAUGUGAGUGUAUCAGGGCAUCCUGGCUUUGAGGCAGAUGUAUGCCUGGAAGUGCAAGAGACUCAUACCUCCACAAAGGGUAGGGCCGGCUCGCCGCUGAUGGGAUUCUGAAUUUAUAAGCAGAGUUCCAGAAUUCCCCCAGGGCCUACUUUUCAAAGGCAAAUUAGUAUGUUUGCAACUUGAUCCCUGGGCAACUUUUGACAGUUGUUCUAAGAAUAAUAAAACAGAUGGACAGAAUAGAUUUUGGGGUCUCCGUCCAAACUGCCAUCCUCAGUGGAAUUUAAAGAAGGCGUGGAGUCGACGGGGAGGGGCUGCUCCCACUUGCCAUUAUGUUCUGCCUCUAACACCCGAGAGAGAACCCAAGUCUCCCUGUGAAGAAGGUGGAAAUUGUCAUCACGUCUUAUUUUUGUGCUGCGAGUUCAGCUUGGCUGUGAGAAAAAUAAACAGGAGGUGUGUUUUCUUCCCACAUUUAAAAUUAAAUAAGUUGAACUUAAAUUCGGUUUGUAUUCCAGAGAAACCGAUUUUAAUGUGACUCUCAGGGAAACUGUGAGUUAGUUUCAAAUUUAAGAAGUAUUUUCGCUGGAUUUUUAACCCCUUUAAAGAAAAGGCUCUUUAGCAUGUCUCAGAAGUGCUAUCCACUCAUGAAUUGUGAACAAUCAGAAGUUUUGCCUGCCCAAACAGGACAUUCUCCGCACAUGCGCACACGUCUGACGGCUCUGUCAGAAAACAGCAUCUAACGUAUCUGAAUAAAAAGAAGCAGAUUAUCCCUGCAUGUGCGUGCGCUGUGAUUUCAUCAGAUGUCAUCUGUGCAGAAAGCCAGAGUAAGGAACACACUUCAUAUAAACCACUCCACUUCUCGUAGAAUCGCAGACUCUCUGGAGUGUUGGCCUUGGCUCAGACCAGAAUAGGACAUGCUUUCUUUUUAAUUCAUUGGCUUCCUCCGACAUAGAUGCCUAUACUCCUCAAUCACUCCUUUCCUUGGAGUUAAUUUGCCCCCCCAUCCCCCGCCGCCCCAUCACUCUUCAGGCUGUGAAGAUUAAGUAAGGUCGCAGGUGAGCCCUGGCACAACUGUCAAUGCAGCGGUGUCCCUGUGUCUGUGUAGGCCGCGCCCCCAGCUUCCUCAGUGGGUUUGUCCCAUCGACCGGCUGUGUCACUGAAAUGUCACUGACUUAACUCAGCAGGACAGUAAACCACCUGCCCCUGGAGGAGAAACACGGAGCAGCCCGAGACCUGUCUCCGCAUCUCUAGUGUUGUCGCUGAGGCCGGGACACUGGACCUUCGUGGCUGAUGGAUGUGGCAGUGCAGGGGAGGGCCAGGCCCAGCACUGCUUCUCUGUAAACCCAAGCAGUGGCUCCAUCUGCCCAGGCCCCGCUAGGAGAGCAUCCCAGGUCCCAGGCUGUUUCGCACAGAGGGGCAGCUGGGGGCAGGCGUGCUUCUGUAUGCUUCCUUCAGCCCACAUCCACAGCAUAGGAGACAGAGGCAAGUGGCCUUGCCUUGAGGGACUUCUCAGCCCAGCCAGCCUGUGGAUUCCCGCUGUCACAUGGGGUGGAUGCCACUCCCAGUCUAGUCAGUAAGCACCCAGCUCUAGUAGAAGAGCUGGAAGGGAAAAGACCAUCUUCAGCUGUAAAUCAUCCUCCCUGUCUUUUUUUCUUUUUUAAAGAUUCGUUUAUUUAUUUAUUUAUUUGAAAGGCAGAGUUAACACAGAGAGAGGAGGGGUAGAGAGAAAGAGAGAGAGAGGUCUUCCAUCCACUGGUUCACUCCCCAAUUGGCCACAACGGCUGGAGUUGCGCCAAUCCAAAGCCAGGAGCCAGGAGCUUCUUCUGGGUCUCCCACGUGGGUACAGGGGCCCAAGCACUUGGGCCAUCUUCUACUGCUUUCCCAGGCCAUAGCAGAGAGCUGGAUAGGAAGAGGAGCAGCUGGGACUAGAAUCGGCGCCCAUUUGGGAUGCUGGCACUGUAGGCCAGGACUUUAACCUGCUGAGCCACUGCACCAGCCCCCCUCCCUUCUCUAUAACUCUUAGUUAUCAGCUGUGUGGCAUCUACAACUUGAUAGGCUGGAAAUUUCCAAAAAAUUCUGUAAACUUUUGUUUGUUUUGCAAGAAAACAUUUCAGCCAGCUAGUUACAGUUGGUUCUAUAAAAUCCCAUAGUCGGAGUAGCUGAGGCCUUUUUUUUUUUUUUUUUUUUUCCCCAGUUUGGGGAAGAUCUUGCUCUUCCUCAUUUUAUUCCAUGGGAGGGGAUGGAGGUUGGACUGUCACACAGUCCUCACAUCAGGGGCGAGGACGCCCACCUGGAGUCCACUGCCUGCCUCAGAAAUAGUCAGACUUUCUCAUUACAGAUCCCAUCAGACGAUGGAUAAGGGAUGAGUGUGUGGCCUAGCAGCUGAGACACCCACAUCCCAUAUCAGAGUCCUUGGGAUGGCUUCCCAGCUCCGGCUCCGGCUCCUGACUCCAGCCGCGGGAGGAAAGGGUGGUGGUGACUCAAGGAGGAGGGUUCCUGCUACCCAUGUGGGAGACUUGGGCUGAUUUCCCAGCUCCCAACUAGAGUCUCUCUCUCUCUCUCUCUUUUUUUCUCUCUCUCCACCUCUCAAAUAAAUAAAGCAGGAAUUCUUAAAAUCAAAAAGACUAAAAUGUUUUAGCAUAUCAUUCAAACGUGCAAUGUAUUUUCAAGUAUAUACAGGUUCUGUAUAUGAGAGAGACCUUGAAAGUUCAUGGAAAUAGAACUAAAACAAUGAGUGUUUGGCACAGUGCAUAAGACACCAAUUGGGACACCCACAUCCCGUAACAAAAUACCUGGGUUCAAGUCCUGGCUCUGCUUCCGAUUCCAGCUUCUUGGUAAUGUGCACCUUGGAAGGCAGCAGGUGAUGGCUUAAGUACUUGAGUAGCUGCCACUCACAAGGGAGACCCAGAUUUCUGCACCCCCGGCUUCAGCCUGGCCCAGAACUGGCUGUUGUGGCCAUUUGGGGAGUAAACCAACAGAUGGAAGAUCUCUCUCUGCC